GAAUUGUUUUUGUGAUGGAGAUAAUUUUCCGCCUCUGGCGCACGAUGGCCAAGAGAUUCUGGUAAUCUCCUGACCCAAACAGUGCGAAUUAUCGUGGCAAUGAAAAGACACCUUUAUUAUAACAUUAGGGGAGAAAUAGGUUAUGUUUCCUCCAAUAGCUGUCAUAUCUGCACAUCACGCCAUAGGAAAGCAUGACACUAGGUUAUAAAUACAACACUCGUCGGACAAUACCUCGCAAAUAAUGACUCUCCUGAAAUACUUGAGCAGAGAAUUACUCCGACGAAGCAAUAAAAAUGGCAUUCAGGAGUUCUCUACAAGUGUCUACAAGCAAAAUCAAACUGAAAGUCAUUCACAAAAUGAGAAGGAAAGAACGACUCACUUUGGUUUUGAGACUGUGAAGGAAAGUGAAAAAGAGAAGAAAGUGCACACAGUCUUCGAGGAAGUGGCCAGCUCCUACGACAAGAUGAACGACGCGAUGAGCCUGGGAAUCCACAGGAUAUGGAAAGAUAUCUUCAUUCAAGAGCUAGCACCAACCCAUGGCAGCAAACUGCUGGACAUGGCCGGUGGCACUGGAGAUAUCACGUUCAGGUACCUCCACUAUUUGGACAAUCGUAAGAAUCCAAAGGGCUUGAAGAGUCACGUCACAGUGUCUGAUAUCAAUCAGAAUAUGUUGGACGUUGGUAAAAGCAGAGCUGAACGUCAGGGCUACACUUCAGAGAAGGGAUACGAUAUUGCUUGGGUUCAGGCAGAUGCUGAGCAACUGCCUUUUGACGAUGAGUCGUAUGCUGCCUAUACUAUUGCCUUUGGAAUCAGGAAUUGUACUCGAAUUGAUAAGGUCAUCGAAGAGGCUUACAGGGUCCUGCAACCUGGGGGACGGUUCAUGUGCUUGGAGUUUAGUCAUUUGACUAACAAUACACUCCAAUGGGCAUACGAUCAAUACUCCUUCCAAAUGAUUCCCGUGAUGGGAAUGCUGCUCGCAGGCAAGUGGCAGCCGUACCAAUACCUAGUGGAAAGUAUUCGUCGAUUUCCAAAGCAAGAAGACUUCAAAGGAAUGAUCGAAGACGCAGGUUUCAGACACGUGACAUACCGCAACCUGACGUUCGGAGUCGUGGCGAUCCACUCCGGCUUCAAAAUCUAACAAAAACGUCAAAACUGUCUCAAAAUUGUUGGCCCAUCGAUGUCGAAAACAUCGAAUGAUUUUCAACCGUUCGGUACGUUAAAGAGCUGAGUAUUUAGAGCCAGACAAAUUACAUUUCGCUCAAAAAAAAAAUUUAAUACUUAUUGUUGAUAAAUAAACAACUACAACUGUUUACCCUUCGGAAAAAUUCAUUUUUAGGCAGGAAAAUUAUUAUUAUAUAAUAAAAGAAUUAGAAUUUAUUAUUGAAUUGAUUUACUAUCUCCAAUAAUUUACGGGAAAUCGAAUUGAAGUACCUUAACGUCCCCAAAUUGAAAGAGACAUACAUCAUUAAAGUAAAGGGACAAAUAACGAUGAAGGAUGCUUUCGUUUAGAGACAACUGUAUUAGUAUUUAGUAUUGAGGAAUGCAGCUUUAGACAGAGCAGUUUAAAUAUACACACAGGUUACAGUCCAUCCAAAGGUUUCACAAACAUUAAAUUAAUACGGUCCCUCUAAUUAAAAAAUGAUUAUUUCAAGGUGUGUCUCAAUCGACUGAAUCCAAAGCCCCUCCCCCCCUAUUUCCCUGAAUUUUCAUUGCUAAUAGCCUACUACUUUCGAAGAGAUGUGGACCGUUCUUACCUUCGAUGGAAGCAAUUUUCUAGAGGUACAUUCGUAUUCUCCCUUCGAAAUUUAAUGCCCAUUAGUAGUUCCAAUUUAAUAAAUUUCAAAAAUCCCCCCCCCAUCCCAUUUCAAAUAUUAAUUUUAUUUUUAAAAAAUGCAAUGAAAACUCUCUCGCAUUGUUGAGACACGCCGUGAGUUAUUUUGUCAUGGCAUCUAGGCCACAUUGUUGAUUUAUUUAAUUUUAUCAUCUUCUUUUUGGGUGCAAAAGACUUUAAAAUUGGAGAAUGCAACGAGCCUCGAGAGAUGUGAAGCUCGGCAUAUUAUAAAUUUUUCUAAGUGUUAUAUAUUUUCAUUUUUCAUCAUAAAAAUUACAGCUACACCAUGUAUGGAGAUUUGAAAUAAGUUUGUCGACCAUCAAACGCCUCAACAGAACGUACAAACCAUGAAGCAGCUACAGAGGAGAAUUUUGUCGAAACAUGAAUAUUUAAAAUUUCUAAAUACCGAAAUUCCAUUGCCCUGACAGGUUCUGUGUCAAUAAAUUGGAUGAUGCAGCCCACAAGCAAUAUAACUUCAUGUAAAAAUUUAAACGAGUAAAAAAAAAUAGGGAAAAAAUAAA